AGGUGUUGGAAUGUGGAGAAGAAAAAAUCCUUACUUUGACAGAGGUGGAACGAUUCAAAGCUCUAGCUGCUCAGUUUGUUAAACUCCUUCGGUCCCAAAAAGAUAACUGUCUUAUGAUGACAGAUCUGCUUAAAGAGUACGCUAAAAUUUUUGGUUACACAUUUCAUCUCCAAAACUAUGACAUCAGCUCAAUUUCAGCUUUAACACAGAAACUCUGCCAUGUUGUAAAGGUUGCUGAUAUAGAGUCUGGCAAACAGAUUCAGCUGAUCAACCGCAAGUCUCUGCACUCCCUCACUGCCCAGUUGCUGGUCUUGUUGAUGUCUUGGGAAGGAACUGCCUGUCUUUCUGUUGAUGAGCUCAAGAGACAUUAUGAAACCAUGCACAGUACUCUGCUCAACCCCUGUGAAUAUGGAUUCAUGACCUUGACUGAACUUCUGAAGAGUCUGCCUUACUUAAUUGAGGUUUUUACUAAUGAUAAGACAGAAGAAUGUGUGAAGCUCACAAGUUUGUAUCUGUUUGCCAAGAAUGUGCGGUCUUUACUUCACACUUACCACUACCAGCAGCUCUUCCUUCAUGAGUUUUCCGUGGCCUACACCAAGUAUGUCGGAGAAACACUGCAGCCCAAGGCUUACGGCUACAGCAGUGUGGAGGAGAUCUUGGGGGGAGCAAUCCCACAUGUGGCCUGGAUAAAAGGACAUGGCCAUAAGAGAAUUGUAGUGUUAAAAAAUGACAUGAAAAGUCGCCUGAGCUUACUCGGUCUUUCCCCUGCCAAUCAUGAACACCGGCCCUCCGCUUCUGAGCAUAUCCUGGCGGUGCCUGAAUCUCGCAUAGCCUCGGAUCUUGAACUUGGAGCGGAUAGCGAUGGGCCCUGUCAACCAGAGCAAGAGCUUCUCCGCCUGACCAACGACUCCCCUGUGGACAUCUUGUGUGCGCCUGUCCCUUCAUGCCUGCCGUCCCCUCAGCUGAGACCAGAUCCCGUCAUCCUCCAGUCUGCCGAUCUCAUUCAGUUUGAGGAACACCCACAAGAGCCUCCAGCCCAGAGGUGGGUGAUGCCAGAGGGCACUGGGGCUUUCCCAGGCUGUGAGUAGGGGAUGGCGGGCAUCUGUGUCUGGAGCUCCGGACUUUGAGAUGAGAUCUGAGGGGAGAGGAGGCUGACCACAUUGAGCACUGACUUUAUGCCAUCUCUCAGUUGUGGCCAACACCCAGCUCCUGGCUGGCAGACAGUCACAUUUAAUUCUCACCACAGCUCUGCAGGUAGGUGACUGAGGCACAGCACGUGCCAGCUAGAGGCGACUGUGACCCCAGGCUGCUGGCUAGGAGGUGGCAGAGUGAGGAUUUGAACCCAGGCCUCCU